AGAGGCAAGUCAGCAGGUUGUUAAACCUGCUCCCCACAGCAGCAUCCCCGUCGUUUGCAAGACGGGGCAAGGCAAUAAAGCAUUGAACAACGUCAACUCUGACACUAGAGCUAUAUUUUCCAUGCAUCCUAUCACUCCCAUUAUUGUUGCUCACGGUUGCGACGCAACGAUCGCAGAAUCGGGCCCGCAGCACAUCAUCGAAUGCAUCGACCUCCAACAGUCCGCUGCCCAACAGCCACUAGCGGCCCCUUUCACCAACUGCAUAUCACCGCAAUGCGCACACACUACGCUGCGCUCAUCUACAACCACCGAUGUCACGGACGGAGGCCAAGUCGCCCAGUCCAGCAUCCCUCCAAUCACCCGGUCGAGAAUCUCUUCCGACCGCGCCAACGCCCCAUGCACCACGAAUCGCGAUGACGAGGAUUCCGAGAUCCUCAGCACGAUGGACCGGCGUGUCCAGAAGACGCGACAUGCAAUCGAGACCUUCGCCAGGUCCGUAUUCCAGACUCCUGUCCGAAUGUAUGAUCAGGAGAAUGUGAAGCCGUUAUGUCUUCACGGCCAUGUCGAAUCCCUCGAAGAGGAACGACAAUUUCAGACGCACAUCAUUGACAUGCUCUCUACUGUCGCCGAGCUGGCACCCGCCGCUCCCAUAUCUAUAUACUCCACUAUGACAGAAUCUGCAACGAGCACCUGCGUGCUUGUCGACGCUGAUAAUAAACACCCAGGACGCCGAUCGACUUGCGAACGCGCACAUGAGGCACAGGCGCGUGCAUUGAUCCCGAAGAACAAGCUGGAUGCGAUGGCUGUAGAAGAACGUGAGCGUUGCGUUGGUGCGCGGAUGGCCAGAAACGAGAGAAGAAACUCCGCCUCGGCCAAUCAGAAUAGGACGGUCCAAUUCCGCGCCUGUCCCUUCUCUUCGUCCCUUACUACGACAACUGCGCCUCCCCAAUCCCGCACUCCCGUUCUCAAGCGCAUCCCAGCUCCUAGAGCCGAAACGGCCGAGUUGAGCACCGAGACGACACCGUCAGACAUUAGUCGCGCGGAGCAGCGCUAUCCUUACUACGGAGCGAAGAAGCUCUAUGAACAACGGAUUGGCGCCAGAUACACCACGACGAACUUGAGAGGUGCUACCGCCCAACAUGGUUGGGAUUUCCUGCUACCUCAGCACUCGCAUUAUACAUCGAGGCUGAGGUGAGUACCUAUCGGACUCCUUACUGCCUUUUGCUCAUGUACUGUAGUUACUCAUUUACUAUGUGUCUU